AUGCCCGGAGACCUGCCCUGGCUCAACCUCUCCAGCCGCCCGGCGGCGCUGGGCAACGCGUGCGCGGCCGGCGCGGGGCAGCUGCUUCAGCACCCCGGCCAGUUCUCCGCCGGCCUCUCGGUGCUGCUGGCCGCGCUCAUGGGGCUGCUGGUGCUGGCCACCGUGCUGGGCAACGCGCUGGUCAUCCUGGCCUUCGUGGUGGACCGGAGCCUCCGCACGCAGGGCAACUUCUUCUUCCUCAACCUGGCCCUCGCCGACCUCCUGGUGGGUGGCUUCUGCAUCCCGCUCUACAUCCCCUACGUGCUGACGGGCGAGUGGAAGUUCGGCAAGGGCUUGUGCAAGCUGUGGCUGGUGGUGGAUUACCUGGUGUGCACCGCCUCCGUCUUCAACAUCGUCCUGAUCAGCUUCGACAGAUUCAUUUCCGUUACCAAAGCGGUCAGUUACAGAGCUCAGAAGGGGAUGACUAGAAAUGCCGUAUUAAAGAUGAUAAUUGUAUGGAUUGCAGCUUUUCUUCUCUAUGGACCAGCCAUCAUCAGUUGGGAGUAUAUUGCUCAAAAAACUAUCCUCCCUGAAGGAGAGUGCUAUGCUGAAUUCUUCUACAAUUGGUAUUUCUUAAUGAUUGCUUCCACUAUUGAAUUCUUUACACCUUUCAUUAGCGUUACAUACUUUAACUUAAGCAUUUACAUCAACAUCAAGAAGCGCACUCCCAUGAGAAACGAAAACCUAGCACCUGGUCAAGAGGACUGUGAAACAAGUUUCCAAGGGAAAAAAAGAGAGCAUGUAAUAUUUUUUGUAAAACCUACUGCCAGACAGAGAGAUAAGAAAAGGAGAGCUAGUAGCCUUUCACCCACUAGACCCUGCGGUUCAAGGCUCAGCCUAUGUAAACUUGAUAACCAGUCCCUAGAUUUUAAUGUUGGUCAAGAUUUACCACCUUUACAGGUGGAUGUUGAGACUAAACAACCCAGGGGCAGUUUUUACAAAGCUAUAGAAAACAUUUGCAACACCACAAGAAGAACAGACAUUGCCAACAGCAUGGCAAACAGAGUUAGACUUUCCCGGGACAAACGAGUAGCCAAGUCUUUAGCAAUUAUUGUCUGUGUGUUUGGUUUGUGUUGGGCUCCUUAUACACUUCUGAUGAUCAUUAGAGCAGCUUGUCAUGGGCAAUGUGUGCAUCAUUCUCUCUAUGAGACUUCAUUUUGGCUUCUGUGGCUGAACUCAGCCAUUAACCCUGUUUUAUACCCACUAUGCCACAUGAGCUUCAGAAAAGCUUUUAUAAAACUGCUGUGUCCUGGUAAGGCUAAAAUUCAUCCCCACAUUUUUAUGUAAAAAUGUGUAAGAAAAACAAGCAUGUUAUGUAGAAACACUACUUGCUUCUAAAAGGAACCUACUGGUGCUGCUUUGGUUUAGGUCCAUGAAUUAGGACUACCACUAGUUACUUUAAGUCAGGGUAGGCUUAGGAGAAUUUAAAGAUCAAUAAAAAUAUAAAUCUCUCUGAUUUAUUUGUAACAGUGCAAUGCUAAUGCAUCACAACCAGAAAGUGGCCCUAGCUAGUCUGUUUUCAUUCAAAGCAGAAUGACAUGCAAAAAGGCAAACAGCAUUCCUAUGAAAAAAGUAAAGUAAGAGUUUGCAAAGUCUUUCACCUUUAAUACUUUCAGG